GGCGAUUUUUCGAGCAGUUUCGCAACGCGCCGCGUCGUCGUACAACGUUGGUGCGCGGUUUCUCGAUGUCAUCGUCGUCGUAGUCGUCGGUUGACGUGUCACCCGCGUCGCCCGUUAAAAAAUAUGAGCGUUAUCGAGCGGGAUCACGCCGCGUCGUACCAUCGCCGUCGCUGCGUCAGUGCGGAGAACGUGGUGGUGUGAAGAAGACGAGGACGACGACGAGGAAGAAGCAGAGGAGAAGGACAAAGGUCGCGGCGCGCCGCCGCGCGAGAAGGUAACCGGGAUCACCCAGCGAUGUCGAAGAAGGCCAACUGCAAGAUGUUGGUUCACCAGUUGUCGUCCGUGUUGCCGGACGACAGGCCAAUAACUGCCAUCAGCGUCGUCGAAGACAUCGACAAGUGUCCGCCGAACUUCGCAGUGGUGUCGAGAACGUACGACCAGGACACCGACGCGGAUCUGUGGAGAGAAAGCGGACUGUUCAUAAAGAAGAAGGGCAGAUACAUCUGCUUCUCCAAGACUGAGGGUCAGCCCGACUGCGUGAUCGAGGAUAUCGUGGUGAUCAACGAGCGCGAUACCCCGCCAGAAGGCUACUGCAUGAUCUCGUACACCGUGGAUUCGAGGCAGAAGGCGUGGCGGAAGAAACAGGUGUGCUAUAAACUUAGGAGUAAGGAUCUGUGCGAAAAAGCGGUCACGGAUAUCAUAAUAUGCAGCAGGAUAAUUCACAAGGACUCCAAGAUUGCUCCUAUUGGAUUUUCUGCUGCUGGUGUCAUCAACGGUGUUCGCGUGUGCUACAAGACGGUGGAUAUCACAAACUCGCAGUCGUAUGUUAAUAUAGACUUACUACAAAGCGCUUCUCCGAAUCCAUCGAACGGGACGCCUCACAGAGCAGCUCCUGAGCGGCCGCCGAAACCAAAGUUCUCACCAAAACCGGCCAACGGGAUUUAUCCGCAAAUCGGCGCGACGAAGGACGGUGACGAGUCGGGCGAUCGGGAUUACGAGAUUCUCACUCCUAGCGCGAGAAUCAGGCCCACCAGGCCCGCGCCCCAACCGCCCACGUCAUCGACCGUGGGGUCGACGCCCAUCUACGGCACGCUUCCGGGAUCGUCCGAUCUCGACGGAGUUCCGUUUGCGCUUAAUUCACGUCUUAUCGCUAAUUCGGAUCCCGUGAAUCAGAAUAAACUUCCCGUCAUCAAGGUGUGGACGCAGAAAGAUUUGGACAGAGAGUUCUUCUAUGACUUCCGCGCGGAAAGGGAGACUUGAGAAAUUCGAGAAUGUGUGCCAAAACUGUCUCUUCGCGAGCAGCUAUCGAACGAUCCCUCCGCCGUUCGUUCGUUCGUUCGUUCGUAUCGACCGUAACAUUAGCCAAGCAUAAUGGAGUGCCUGAUCGAGUGAUUUAUACUAAUCCUGCGAGAAUGAAAAAAACCCGCGACGCUUAAAAAUGGGAAAAGAUUUUACUAUAUCUAAGAGAGAGAACAAGAUAGAAACUUAUUCGAUGUAACGCGUUUCUUCCUCUUCUUCCACGUCCCGUCUUAGAUUUUGAUACCAGCGACAGCGUUGUAUUUUUAUAGACUUGCGUUCUAUUUUUUGAUAGAUAGUAGAGAUUAUACUUAUAAUAUAUGUACACACGAUUUUGUGUGUGUGUGUGUAUCAUACGUUCGAGAUCUUUUUACGGAACGUCCGGACUCUCCUGACAUCACAUAUCUACGCUUCUGCCGCACGAGCAAACUCGUCGAGCGGCGUUCUCGCCGCGCAUCAUUGUUGGAAUUUAUCUUUAUCCAAACGGAUGACGAGAACGCGUGCCAAUUAUGAGUCAUUUAGCUUAAGUUUCUUUCUUUUCGCGUUCUUUCACCAUACACUAAGUAUAUACUGUUUCCUUUUUACACAAAGACUUGACACGAAUAUUUAUACAAUUCACUAUCAAGUUACUUUCUUUUUCACGCGAAAUUAAUCAUGUUCAAUUGUCACAAAAUUUUCGUUCACACCUGUAUCUGUAACCUUCUGAGAUUAAGUCUGUUUUCGAGCGUUUCUCUCUUUUUUUUUCUCUUCUCCGAAGACAGAGAAAAGUACGAUUAUUUCGACGUCGGCGGAACGCGAGAUCAGACUUUUCUUUUUUCCUCUAGAGAUUCUUUUUAUCGUGUUAUAUAUUGUAUCUUGCGUAAUAACCAUCACAUUGCGUAAGUUUGUUCGAUUGAUCGCACACAAUUUAUCAUAGAGACCUGUAUGUAAAAUGAUAGUUUAAUAAAAGAUUAUGUGAAUAAGAA